GGUGGCGGGACGGGCGGUCAGCUCCCCGGCCCCUCCAAUGGCCAAGGUCAAACCCUUGCCUGAAGCUGCUGCGGCUGCGGCAUCAUCGCCGUCGUCGCAGCAGGGCGAGCAGAAGCCGGCGGUGUACACGGUGUGGAUGAAGUCGCUGGUGUUCAACGGCAACGGCUGCACCGUCUACGGCGCCGACGGCCGGCUCGCCUACCGCAUCGACAACUACGGCUGCCGGGGCGGCCGCGAGGUCUUCUUCAUGGACCGCGCCGGCAACAACCUCCUCAGGAUCCAAAGGAAGAGCUUCUGUAUGUUUAGGAGAUGGGAAGCUUGCCGGUGCUUCGACGAUGGAGAAGAUCAGACGCGGCCGUGGUUCAGAGUGCGCAGGACUCGGAAGAACGGCGCCGCGGUGGCGAUGCAUGGCAGCGGGAGGAGGGCGACGUACAAGAUCGGCGGGUGCUCGCGCAAGUCCGACUACAAGAUCAGCGGCGCCGACGGCGCGAUCGUGGCGGCGAUCGCGCGGAAGCAGACGGCGUCCGGGGUCGUGCUCGGGGAGGACGUUCUGACGCUGACGGUGGGACCGGAGGUGGAUCAUCUGCUCGUUCUGGGUUUAGUGGUCGUGUUUGGCCUAAUCAACCGCUGCUUGUGAUGGGAACGGCGGCCAAUCAAGGGGCCGGGGUAAAUUGUUCUUCAUUCGCGAGGGUUCCCUAGGAUGGUUUAACUUAUAGGAGCAUUUAUAUACAUACAUACAUGGUGAUAAAAUGUAUAUACAGUUGGCGA